AAUUUCAAUAUAAUUUCCAUCUUCUAGUUCAAUUGUUUAAGUAUUAAGGUAAUUUUAGAUGUUCCUAUCUCUUUAGGAAUUUUAUGUCUAACAGUGUAUGAGGACUACAUAACACACGACUUUUUCAAUAAAGUUUCUUAGCAAUCAUUGUACAUUGACUGUUUUUGAAAAUGGAAGAUAGAAAACGAAGCAUGGUAGUGAUAUUAGAUAAUUUAAAUAGUCCAGUAGCAUCAAAAUUCAAACGUUUUUUUGAUUACUUAAGAGCCAGUUUUAUAGUUGACUUAAGUUAUCUCUUACUUGUAGAACGAUUAUUGAUUAUUAUUUCCUGGUUCUAUAAAGAUUUCUUAUCUCACUUCCCUUCAUUAUAUGUAAAAGGAAUGGUGACAAAUUGUUGGCUUAAAGAUUUUGACUUGAAUUUUAAUGAGCUUAUAAACUCUGUAUUAAAAUUUUCACAAUUAGCUGUGGGAUCUUAUCUGUGUUUUGUUUUCCCUUAAAGCUGAUCUUGAAUUACCUAAUAAAAUUAUGAAAAGUUCUUUGAUUAUCCCUUGCAUCAUAGUCACCAUUCUGAUUUCCUGAAGAGGAGCAGAUUUUGAAUGACUACUAACUGGCCUGAAAGGAACAUUUAAAGGGAAACCAAAAGUUCAUUAUGAAGUUUAUAUUCUUUUGAUUUUAGUCAGAGAGACUGGGCUCCAAAACAUCUCACAGAUCUUUUUCAUAUUAUGGCUCCACAGCCACUUUAGAAUAUUGUGAAAUUUGGAGGCUUGGUUCAAUAUUUUACAUGAAAAUGCUUUCCUCCUGCUAUAGUGAAACCUUACAGGAUCUGUACCCAAGCCUCAUUUUAAUAUGUUAUGGGAAUAAGAGCAGUUGUAUGAAAAGUCAUCACAUUUGAGCAUCAAGGAACCAAAAACAACGACAUGUUCCAUAUUUAUGAUGAAUUUUUAUAUCCAACAGAAGUAUGAAUAAAAUAAUUUAUAUGGAUGAAAUACUCAGUUAAUAGAACUACUUUAGGGUUUUUUUUCUUUACUAAGUGCAGGAAUUCUUGGGUUUCUCCUAAAGUCCUACAAUGAAGUGCUUGUGAAGGAUAAAAGUCAUUACAAGUGUGCAUUGUAAGCAAAAUAAGGUUGAAGGUGAUGUAUAUUAUUCUUUAUUUUAUUCUCCAUGAUAGGCAAUAUUCUGGCAUUCUGUAUUUCAGUGAUUAUUUUAUGAUGGACUUUGAAGCAGAAUAUUUUAAAAACCUAAGUAUAAUAGAAAUGACUGCUUUGUUACUAAUAUCAUAUACAUUAAAAAAUAGGCAUUUACAAACAAUUCAUGAAAAUAUCCAAAAGUCAAAAAAUUUUAUUUAAGUGUCCCGGGAAAUGGCUAAACCAAAAAGAACCUCCGAAUCUUUCUUGUACUUACAUAAUCAGUCACAUGAUGUCGCUGUACACUCAAAAGGUGAAAAGUAAAAAUUUUGCCUCCGCGCCCAGAGUUCAUCCAUUGGCUGAGUAAGAUCGACUCCAUGUUGACCGGAAGGCUGGGUAAAUUUUACUGUAUAUAUACCUACAGAAAGGGAGACUGAUUAUAAAGAUUUUCAGGUGAGCGAUCCCUUAAAUCCACCUCAGAGAUCUUGUUAACUACAAUGGUGUUUUCCUGGAGAGGAGGCCCAGGAGCCUCGCGACUGCUGCUGUCGCUUCUGCUCCUUGCAGCUGGGGAGUCCGGGAGCUGCCAGGUCCACUACUCGGUCCCGGAGGAGGCCAAACACGGCACCUUCGUGGGCCGCAUCGCCCAGGACUUGGGGCUGGAGCUGGGGGAGCUGGUGCCACGCCUGUUCCGGGUGGCGUCCAAAGGCCGCCGGGACCUUUUGGAGGUAAAUCUGCAGAAUGGCAUUUUGUUUGUGAAUUCUCGGAUCGACCGGGAGGAGCUGUGCGGGCGGAGCGCGGAGUGCAGCAUCCACCUGGAGGUGAUCGUGGACAGGCCGCUGCAGGUUUUCCACGUGGAGGUGGAGGUGAAGGACAUUAACGAUAACCCACCAGUGUUCAGAGAAGAAGAACAAAAGGUACUGAUUUCUGAAUCUGCGCCGCUGGAUUCUCAUUUUCCUCUAGAGGGCGCUUCCGAUGCGGAUAUAGGCGUCAACUCUCUUCUGACCUAUCGGUUAGGUCUAAAUGAGUAUUUUACUCUUAAAAUAAUAACGAAAAACGAUAAAAGUAAAUUGCCUGAACUAGUUUUACGGAAGUCAUUGGAUAGAGAGGAAACUCCAGAACUUAAUAUAUUGCUGACCUCCCAGGAUGGCGGUAAACCCGAGCUAACAGGAUCUGUUCAGAUUAAAAUAAGCAUUCUGGAUGUGAAUGACAACGCUCCGGAGUUUGAUAAGCCUGGCUAUAAAGUAGUGCUGUUUGAAAAUGUCCCAAACGGUACAAGAGUGAUACAGCUAAACGCUUCUGAUCUAGACGAAGGGGUGAAUAGAGAAAUUUCCUAUGGAAUCAGACUGAUUUUGCCAGUGAGUGAGAAAUGCAUGUUUUCAAUAAAUCCAGAAACAGGUGAAAUCAGAAUUUACGGGAAAUUGGAUUUUGAAGAGAAUAUUGAGUAUGAAAUUCAGGUUAACGCCAUUGAUAAAGGGAUUCCUUCCAUGGCAGGUCACUGUACAGUCCUAGUCGAAGUUCUGGAUCUGAAUGACAAUACCCCUGAGGUAAUGAUCACUUCGCUGUCGCUACCCGUGAGAGAGGAUGCUCAGGUGGGCACUGUCAUCGCCCUGAUCAGCGUGUCCGACCGUGACUCCGGCGCCAACGGGCAGGUGACCUGCUCACUAACACCCCAUGUCCCCUUCAAGCUGGUGUCCACCUUCAAGAACUACUAUUCUCUGGUGCUGGACAGCGCCCUGGACCGAGAGAGCGUGGCGGACUAUGCUCUGGUGGUGACCGCACGCGACGCAGGCUCGCCUUCGCUCUCCGCCACGGCCAGCGUGUCCGUGGAAGUGGCGGACGUGAACGACAACGCGCCGGCAUUCGCGCAGCCCGAGUACACGGUGUUCGUGAAGGAGAACAACCCGCCCGGCUGCCACAUCUUCACGGUGUCUGCGCGGGACGCCGACGCGCAGGAGAACGCGCUGGUGUCCUACUCGCUGGUGGAGCGGCGCGUGGGCGAGCGAGCGCUGUCGAGCUACGUGUCGGUGCACGCGGAGAGCGGCAAGGUGUACGCGCUGCAGCCGCUGGACCACGAGGAGCUGGAGCUGCUGCAGUUCCAAGUGAGCGCGCGCGACGCGGGCGUGCCUCCCCUGGGCAGCAACGUGACGCUGCAGGUGUUCGUGCUGGACGAGAACGACAACGCGCCCGCGCUGCUGCCGCGGCCGGGGGCGGGCGGCGGCGCUGUGAGCGAGCUGGUGUCGCGGUCGGUGGGCGCGGGCCACGUGGUGGCGAAGGUGCGCGCGGUGGACGCCGACUCUGGCUACAACGCGUGGCUGUCGUACGAGCUGCGGCCGGCGGCGGGUGGCGCGCGCAGCCCGUUCCGCGUGGCGCUGUACACGGGCGAGAUCAGCACGACGCGCACCCUGGACGAGGCGGACUCGCCGCGCCAGCGCCUGCUGGUGCUGGUGAAGGACCACGGCGAGCCGGCGCUCACGGCCACGGCCACUGUGUUGCUGUCGCUGGUGGAGAGCGGCCAGGCGCCCAAGGCGUCGUCGCGGGUGCUGGCGGGCGCCGCUGGCGCCGAGACGGCGCUGCUGGAUGUCAACGUGUACCUGAUCAUCGCCAUCUGCGCGGUGUCCAGCCUGUUGGUGCUCACGCUGCUGCUGUACACGGCGCUGCGCUGCUCGGCGCCGCCCGCGGAGGGCGCGUGCGCGCCUGGGAAGCCCACGCUGGUGUGCUCCAGCGCGGUGGGGAGCUGGUCGUACUCGCAGCAGAGGCGGCAGAGGGUGUGCUCCGGGGAGGGCCCGCCCCCGGCCCCGCCCCCGCCCCCGCCCAAGACCGACCUCAUGGCCUUCAGUCCUUGUCUUCCACAGUCAGGAGAAGAUUGUUCAAACCCUUCCAGUGAAGUAAGUCAUUGAUAUAAUUUAAGUAUAUUUGUUUCCUUUAUUAACUUUUUGUUAGGGUAUAAAUACAUCUUCUCUUUUUUCUUCAUAUUAUCUUAUAACCAGGGAACAUCUUCUGUGGUAUGAUCAUUCUCAGUCAUUUUGCACUUUUUGUGUAUUUCAUCUUCAUUUAAAACUUUCAUUUGAAAGUUCACUUGAAGUUUCAUGUAUUAGUGAGAUAUAUAGAUGAAAUAGUGGUUUUGGAUCACCACACUUUAAACUUUCUUAUUCUAUCAUUUUUCCUAUAUUAAUUAUUAGCCUUGAAAAAUAUUAGUACAAAAGAGUAAAAACUGCAUAGGUGUUUGAUAACUCUUAAGUGUAAGUUUGAACUUAAUUUUAUGAUCAGAGAAUAUUUGCAAGAUUAGUACAAAUAGUUUUCAGAUACCAUUAACUGGAUUCCUUUACCGUUCCAUAUAAGCUUAUAAAAUAUCCUCCUGAUCACCAUUUUAAUUUCAGCACAAUAACCUUCAGAUAUUAUAACAAUAAUAAAAAUUAUGUUGUUAAUUCUUUAUUUUUUAUUCUUAUGUUAAUCCCCAUACAUUACAUCAUUAGUUUUAGAUGAA